ACUAAAAGUUUACUCAUUAUCUGUGUGUUCUUAUCCCAAUCCCAAACAUCCACGGAAAGAAUAUGCCUAGCUUCACUUCCCUUUGGUUUCUGCUCUUUUCUUCGUAUCUUUUCUCCAACUUCUUGUUUCAUUCAAUUUUUACAUAUUCAAAUGCAUCGACAUUGUUCUCGCAUCAACAAGAAGCCGAUGCUCUACUCCAAACUGGUUGGUGGGUCAAUCAUAAUAUCUCACUUCGUUGUGAAUGGAAUGACAUAAUUUGUGAUGAUUCAGGAAGUAUUACACGUAUUUACGUAAGUAGGCCGUUGCCCAAAGGGUCUACUCUACAAAACUUGAAUUUCUCAUCUUUACCUAACUUGAAGGGUCUUUAUCUCAUUAACUCUAGUCUCCAAGGGGGAAUUCCUCCCGAAAUAUCUCAACUCUCCAAACUCACCUCUUUGUUUUUAGGUUCAAAUGAUCUUUCCGGCGAGCUUCCUUUGGAAUUAGGAAAUUUGACAAAUUUAUUACGGCUUGUUCUUAGUAACAAUAUGUUCACAGGUACAAUCCCUUCAACCAUAGGUCGUUUGACCAAUUUAGAAUAUCUAGAUCUUUCCUACAAUCAAAUAGGCGGAUUUAUUCCAUCUGAAAUAGGGAAUAUGAAGAGCUUGGAAAUGUUGAUUUUAUACAAUAACGUACUCAUUGGUUUAAUUUCAUCCACCAUUGGAAAUAUAAGUAAUCUAUCUUAUCUCAUGAUGAAUCGUAACAAGCUUAAUGGCCCUCUCCCUUCAACCUUUUGGUAUUUAACUACGUUAACUUGGUUAGAUCUUUCCUACAACUAUUUGAAUGAUUCAAUUUCUCCACAAAUCCAGAAUUUAAAAGGCUUGGUUAUUCUUGAACUACAACACAAUGCAUUCACUAGCCCAAUCCUUUUCUCUCUUGUCCAUCUUACAAAUUUACCCUUCAUAGAUCUAUCAUCAAAUAGAUUCAAUGGAUCCCUCCCUUUGCAUAUAGGACAUUUAGAAAAUUUGAAUAUUUUGAAUGUUAGUUACAACAUGCUUAGUGGUCCAAUUCCUACGACUUUUGUGGAUCUACUCCAUAGUAAUCCUAGUAAUCCUGACGACUAUCCCUUCUCACGCAGUUAUGGAAUUACAUUGGAGAUUGACUUUAGUCAUAACUUCAUUGAUGGUGAACUUCCCCAUUUGUCACUUGAUCAUAUUAGACCUACGAGCAUCGACUUUAGCUACAAUAAUUUCAUGGGCAAAAUUUCAGAUUCCUUCCUUUUCUUUAGAAAUAUCAACUUAUCGUACAACAAGCUUGAAGGCAAGGUUUCUGACCAAAUUCUGCAUCGUUUUGAUGUAAGUGUUGUUUUGGGUAAUCAAAAGCUUUGUGGCAGUAUUCCCCCGCUUCACCCUUGUGAUUCAAAAAAUCAUGGAAAUUUCAAAAUGCUGAUGAUUCUGCUUCCAUCAAUUUUAUUGUUAGUUCUCUGUUUUUCCUGCUUUGCACUUGUUCAUUCCCGAUCAAAGAAGAGGGUCACCCAUGAGACAAAGUCAAAUAAGCAUGGAAAUGUGUUCUGCAUAUGGGAUUAUGAUGGCAAGAUUGCGUAUGACGAUAUUAUAGAAGCAACAGAGGACUUCGAUAUUAAAUAUUGCAUUGGCACUGGUGGGUAUGGAAGUGUUUAUAGAGCAAGGCUUCCAAACGGUAAGGUCGUAGCUCUAAAGAAACUUCAUACCCGUGAAGCCCAAGAGACAACUCUUUUCAAAAGUUUCCAAAAUGAAGUUGAUAUGCUGAAAGAGAUAAGGCACAAGAACAUCAUUAAACUCCAUGGAUAUUGUCUCCAUAAGCGUUGCAUGUUUCUCAUAUAUGAAUACAUGGAGAGGGGAAGUCUAUUUUGGGUGUUGAGUAACGACAAAGAAGCUGUGGAAUUGGAUUGGAAGAAAAGAUUGAACGUCAUACGAAGAGUUUCACAUGCCUUGUCAUACAUACAUCAUGAUUGGAUUACUCCAAUCAUUCAUCGGGACGUUACAACCAGUAAUAUACUUUUGGACUCAAAUUUAGAACCUUUUUUAUCUGAUUUUGGUAUCUCCAGAUUACUUGAUCUUGAGUCAUCUUAUCAUACCACUGUUGGCGGCACUUGUGGAUAUAUAGCUCCAGAAUUAGCGUACACCGUGGUCAUAACAGAAAAAUGUGACGUCUACAGCUUUGGAGUGGUGGCAUUGGAAGUAAUAAUGGGAAAACAUCCUGUAGAAUUAUUGAAUUCCUUGUGGUCAAAAUCUACUCCACAUAUAUUCAUCAAUGAUUUGUUAGACUCACGACUCAAAUCUCCUCUACACCAAAUUGGAGUUGCACAAAGUAUACUUCUCACAUUAACAUUGGCCUUUGCAUGUCUCCAUCCAAAUCCAAAAGCCCGACCUACAAUGCAACAUUUGACUCGAGAAUUCAACAUUCAAAGGCCCUAUCAGGUUGAACUCGCAUUUAAUGAGAUUACAAUUGAACAACUUUUAAGGCAAGAGAUAUAUCAUGUACAUAAGAUUUAGAAAUCAUUAGUUUCAACUAUGCAUUUUAUCUUCAUUUAUGUGUAUGUGUUGCAGUAACUUCGAAGGUGUUGUAUGCAUCCCAACACAAGGACAUCUAAAAUAAAAAAAAUUUAAUUGGA